AUGGCUGCCAUGGUGGAGAAUCGUGUGUCGAACCGUGAGGAAGACUUGAUGAACAAUGAACCGUCUAUGAGCGGUAGAAGUGUUGUUGGUUUGAUUAUUCCACCACCAGAUAUUAGAGGUAAGUUUUUGGUUUUUUGAAUUUUUGUUGGUUUAGACAAAGGAGAUGUUGUUGUUGUUAAAGACGUCAUGGAAGGCUCGAUUUUGGUCUGGACUUGACGUUUUAUGAUUUAAAAGAUGCGCAAAGAUCUGUAGUAGCUAACUAAUUAGGUUUUAUGAUGGUGUAGUUAGUUUUUCAAAAGUUUUAUCACAAAGGAAUGGGAUAUUUAAUAUUGAUCGUUAACUUAAUAUCGAUGUUUACUAUAAUGAAACAAAAAAGUUUAGGUGUAUGAAUUGUAGCUUAAAAGAUGCGUUAGAUUAUGUAGUUUCUAAUGUGUAUUUUUAUUUUUUUAAUAUUUUGUUUUGAGUUUGUAAAAUACGUAAGUCUAUCUCCAAUGGGCAAUUAAUAUUUUUAGCUAUCGUUGAGAAGACAGCGGCGUUCGUAGCCAAGAAUGGAAUUGAUUUUGAAAACAAAAUUAAGGAAAAAGAAUCAGGCAACAGUCGAUUUGGAUUCUUGGCACCAAACGAUCCAUAUCACGCGUAUUACCGGUCGAAAGUUUCUGAAGCCGAGUCUGGGAAGAUAAGUGAACCAUCAAAGCCACAAUUGCCAGACGCUGUUAGAGAGCAUGUUAAAAAGGCAGAGUUUGUACCUACAAAUCCACCACCAGCUUAUGAGUUUAUGGCGGAUCCAGCAACUAUCAAUGCUUUUGAUUUGUAAGUUGAUCUAUAUUGUUUUAGGUGAUAAGCCGGAGUUUGUAUCAAUUUUAGUUACGAAACCAAAUUUGGUAAAUAUUUAGGUAACAAAACUUACUUUUUUGUAUAAAAAUAAACAGAAAUUAGUUUUAAAUCUUAAAAUUCGAUACCUAAAAUAGUGUCUUUACUUUCAGAGACCUAAUGCGAUUGACAGCAUUGUUCGUAGCUCGAAAUGGACGUCAGUUCUUGACCAGUUUAAUGAAUCGUGAAGUCAGAAAUUAUCAAUUUGAUUUUUUGAAGCCUCAGCACAGUAAUUUCCCGUAUUUUAGCAAACUUAUCGAACAGUACACUAAAGUAAGUUUUUUUAAUUUUUUGUUGGUUUUUAGGUAACAUUUUGAGGAAAAUUAGCUUUUAAGAUAGGGAUUUUACUAAUUUGUCUAUAUUUAGGUAAUAAUCCCACCAAAAAGCAUAGUAGACGACCUGGCGCGUCAAAUGGAGUACGAUGUUGUACUAGGCGAUGUAAAGUACCGUGUGGCUUGGGAAAAGCACCAAAAAGCAAUUAAAGACAAAGAGGAUAAAGCGUUGGAAGAAGAGCGUCUAGCUUUCAACUCUAUCGACUGGCAUGACUUUGUAGUAGUUCAAACGGUCGAUUUCCAACCUCACGAAACCCAAAAUCUACCCCCAUUGUGCACACAGAAAGAUGUCGGUGCCCGUAUUCUGAUGCAACAACGUACAGAAGCGGCUAAGGCAGCAGCCGAAUCCGUAGCAAUGGAGAUGGAUUCGGAUUCAGAAGAGGAAGAACGAAACGAUGAGGUAGAUCAACAACAACGUGCGGCCUACGAAGUCACUCAGCCUGCACCAGCACCGCCUACCAUGGAUUCAGCGAAUGUUAGAGAUUAUGAUCCGAAGAAGGCGAGACAACAGAAGAAGAUGCCUGGAGAUAAGUACAUUAUCUCUCCGCUGACUAACGAACGCAUUACUGCGGACCAGCUACCUCAACAUGUGAGGUAUAACAUUGUGGAUCCACAGUUUAAGGAACAAAGGGAUCGGUGAGUUGAUUUUUGUAAUUUGUGUUGGAUCAAGAUUUUGUUGUCGUAUUUUACAAGGAAUUUGAGUUGUAAGGGUAUUGGGUUGAGUUAUGGCCAAAAUUUUAUAUUAUCCAUGACUAUCAGGUAGGGGUUUAGAAGUUUUGUUAUUAUGAGAAGGUCAAACUCCAAAAGAGGUUUAAUUUUUUAAAAAUAUAAUGUGAUUGAGAUGCAUUUACUGUAUUUUUAAACAGAGUUUGGAUAAGAACGUGGAUUUUCGAGUUAUGGCCAAAAACUUAUAUUAUUCAUGACCAUCAGAUGGAGUUGGAACUUUUUGAUAUUUUAGAUAACGUAAAUGUUUAGGAAGGGUCGUAUUGACGAAAAUAGUAUUGUAUUUAACUGCUUUGUUGGUUUUGAAAAGGAAAAUUGAUUUCAGUUGACCAAAAUUUAGAUAUCUUGUAAAAUUAUAUUAUUCCUGGUCGGCUGAUGAAUUUUUGGUAAUUUUUGUUAUUAGUAAAAGUUAAAGGAUUAAAAAGAAGUGUUUGUAGUUGAAUUAGCUUUAUAUUGAGAGUAGUUUACUACAUUAAUGUCGAAAAUUUGAUAAAGAUGGACCAACAUUGAGUUAUGACAAAAAUUAUAAUAUCCAUGACCAUCAAAUGGUUUUUUUUAUUUUUUGGAGAGUUGCCACUUGAGUUUGUAUAAUGUUUAUAAACACUGGUUUUUCCAUGGUUAACCAUUGAUUUUUCAGAGAACAAAUGGAGCGUCAGUCCGACGACACGAUGAACUUGACUUCAGGCACGGAAAUCAGUCGAAACAUCCAAAAAAUGGCCAUGUACCGAACUGAUAUCUUUGGCACGGGCGCAUUAGGAGCGGAACAAGCUGGUAUUGGUGAAAGAUUGACAGAUAUGCCUCCACCACAACAUCCACCAAAACGACACGGCCAUAAUGCUGGGCCAGACAGCAAAAAAUCAAGGAAUUGA